CACUUCAUAAGAAGUUAGGUAUGGUCACCACAGACAUAACCUAACAAACCAUAUUAUGUAUUGUUUACAUCUCGGAGUAAGAACUAAUUUCUUGCUCUGAGAUUUACAUUGUUUAAUCCUUGUAUAAUUUUGUUCUAAUUUGGGAUAGUGUUUCGGGGUAUUAACAUGGAAGGCCACACAUCAAACGAAGAUGUACUCUCAGAAGCUUACAAACAGAAAAAGGUUUUAGAAAAUGUAUCAAAUUGGCAACUGGGGGAGAAUCCCCUAACAGAAAUAACGGAAGAGCAGUUAGAUAUCUUGUACCAAGUGAAGGAUUUAAUUGAAGAGAAUUACUACGGAAUGUCAAAGACAGAGGACCAAAAAUCAGUACGUACCUUGGAACAAAAUAAACUGGAUAUUCCUACAAUUAAUACACACAAGGAUUACGUACAGUGGAUGGUGAACGUUGAAAAAGAAGUGAACCUGGAAAACUUAAACGAUUACUUUGUCUUUCACGAUAAACUUGAGAAACAGUCUUUGGAAUGUGAAAAGUUAUUUAAACAUGUGGAGGAUACAUCGAAGUCAGUCGAGUUCUUACAUGAGCAAUAUCAGGAUGUGACUGCAAAAACGGAUUCAUUACAUAGCCUUAGUGAGCAGCUAAUGAAACAGCAAAAGAUUCUAAAGGAUAAAAAGGCGGGUUUAACGAAGCAUCUCCAUUAUUUCAAGUUGUAUCGCACAUUAUUAAGCAAUGUUAAUCACUAUUCUUCUAACGUUAGUAGCGAGGAAUUUAUGGAAACGCUAAAUCAGAUUGACGAUUGUAUGAGUUACAUUCAACUGCACCCUAAUUUUAAAGAAUCAAAAUCCUACACUGCGAAAUACGAAAAUAUUCUUGCAAAAGCGGUGAUAUUUAUCAAAAGGUACUUUAACGAUGUUGUGGCUAGUGCAACAAAACAAGUCACAGAUCCAGAUAAAGCAACUAAUUUGUUAGCACCUGGUAAUGACGAAUCUCAACAAGUGGAAUCUGCUUUUUCGUUAUACUACGGUAAAUUCCAAAGUGCUGCCGCUAAAGUAAAACCGAUAAUUAAUCACAUUGAAGCUAAAGUGGAUAAGCAUACAAUGUAUCAGCAGUUACUUUUCGAUUGUCAGCAGACUUACUUUUCGUUGAGAUCGCCGAUUAUGACUGAUGCAGUUACUAAGGCAUUAUUGGAUUUAAAAAAUAAGCAUAAAUCCGAUCACAGUAUACUGUUUAGAUCUGCUGGGUUGUUUGUAAUGCAAAUUUGUCAAGAUGAAUCUACUUGUUUUAAUUACUUUUUCUCCAGCAAUUGUCCACAGCUUGACGAGUAUUUUGGAAUAUUAUCUCAGCAGUUGUAUGACAUGCUCCGACCCUGCUUGAUAAGCAUUUACCAUUUGGAGGUUCUGACUGAACUAUGCGGUAUUCUGAGAGGCGAAAUGCUAAACGAUCAAAUUCAGAAUAAUGAAAUCUUGAGGAAAUUUAAAGAAGUUAUACUCCAACUGCUAGAGGACAUUGAAGAACGUCUCGUGUUUCGUACUAACAUCUUUUUCCAUAAUGACUUGAAAUUAUAUCAACCUUCACCUGGUGAUCUUGCGUACCCUGAUAAAUUAGAACAAAUGGAGAAUAUUACGGAGGAAUUGGAAAGUCGCGCCGAGUCAAGGGGAUCGUUGGAGUCUCAGGAGGUUGCGAACAUAAACGCCAGGCAAGUGGGACAGUUCCGUUCAUAUACAGGAAAUUCGCCUGCAGAUUUACAUGGCAUGUGGUAUCCCACAGUGAAGCGUACCCUAGUCUGUUUGUCGCGUCUUUACUGUUGUUUGGAUCGCGAAAUAUUUCAAGGAUUGGCUCAAGAGGCACUGUGCAUUUGUGUUGAGACGAUCGCAAAAGCGGAAAGUCUAAUAUCUGCCAGAAAGACUUCUUUGGACGGACGUCUUUUUCAAAUCAAACAUUUGCUAAUUUUACGCGAGCAAAUUGCUCCAUUCCAAGUCGAUUUUACGGUAAAGGAAGUCGGUCUAGAUUUCAGCAAUAUAAAAACGGCUGCGAUGGGAUUAAUUCAGAACCGAAAUAAUUUAUUUACCUUUAGUAGUCAUAAUGCUGUUUUGGAAUUUUUACUGGAAGGCACUCCCAAGGUUAAAGAAUACUUAAUAGAUUCCCGGAAAGAAAUUGAUAAACAAUUGAAAGCGUCAUGUGAAGCUUUCAUUGCUAACACAACAAAUUUGUUAAUCGGAGACGUUUUGAAAUGGAUCCAACAAGCUAACAGUUACCUGCAAAAUGCCAAUUCUCCUAGUCCAUUACACAGCGAAGAGUUUGGAAAAGCGCAAAUUCUGUCCAGAAUUAUUAGCGAAGCCAGAAAAAAUAUAAAGCUGAAAAUUCCAGAAGUUCAACGUGGUAUGCAACUCUAUCUUGCUAACAAGGAAACAGAAUUUAUACUCUUCAGGCCUAUAAAGAUUAAUAUUAUGAAUGCGUUUAUGCAAAUCGAAACCAUUUUGGAAACUGCUAAAUAUAGCCACGAAGAUCAGCUAAUUGUGGCGUGUCCGACUCCUGAACAAGCAAAUGUGUUAAUUUGCUCGGUAUCAUUGGCAUCUGAGCAGGAUAGUCAGGAUUUGAGUCGAUCAGCUUCUGUAGUACCCAAAGUUGCAAAAGAUGUAUCUGCACAAUAAUGUGCAUCCAUUACUAGGAUUUGGAUUGAGUAAUAAUUUAAUAAUUAUUAUUCCAAUAGUUUUUCAUGAAUAUUUUCAAUACAGUUUGUUGUUGUUGUCAACUUGCCUUUCUAUUACAACAUUGUUAAUUACC